GAGGUUCUGAUUGUGUAGCACCUUGUAUGUAGCAUUCUAAUAAAAGAGAAAGAAAAAUAGAUCUAUCUAUCGGUGGAUUUAGAAAUGUCGAACAUAGACAUUGAAGGGAACAUGAACCAACUCCCUAAUGAUUCCCGCCUUCCUAAAACCAAAAUCGUCUGUACUUUGGAUUUUCAGAUCUGUUGAAAUGAUCCAAAAGCUUUUUAAAGCUUCCAAGAAUGUUGCUCGUUUCAAUUUUUCACAUGGAACUCAUGAAUAUCAUCAAGAAACCCUCAACAAUCUCAAGUCUGUUAUGCAAUCCACUGUUAUUCUCUACGCCUUCGUGCUCUGAUGGAACAAUCACUCUCAUUGUUUUGUCUUGUGAUCAAGAAGCCGGUACAAUUAGAUGUCGCUGUGAAAGGAAAAAUGUCAAUCUUCCUGGUGUUGUGGUGGAUCUUCGCACUCUUACUGAUAAAGAUAAGGAAGAUAUUCUUGAAUGGGGUGUCCCUAAAAAUAUUGAUGUGAUUGCUCUUUCAUUUGUUCGUAAAAGAUCGGAUCUUGUUAAUGUCCGCAGGAUUUUAGAGCCACAUGCAAAGCAUAUUAAGUUGAUGUCAAAGGUUGAGAAUCAGGAGGGAGUCAUGAACUUUGACAAAAUCCUGCGUGAAAUUGACGCAUUCAUGGUGGCACGUGGUGAUCUCAGUUGAGAAGAUAUUCUAUUGGGCAUUACCUAAUUGUUAUGUUGAAUCACAAAGCUAGAUAGUGACAGAAGUAAAAGCAAGAAAAAUAUAUACCCGAGUUAGAGGUGGUGGCGGCAACAUCAACAAGCGGAGGAUACGCUCGUGAUGGCUAUAAGAUAAAGCGACCAAGGGAG